GCUAUAUAGGUAGGUGAUUAAAAACUUAAUUAGGCCUUCACUUUCAUCAUAGAUAUCAUUUAAAAAAUAAUGGUUUUCUUAUUAUGGUUCUUGUUGGUGAAUACACUAUAUUCCAUCUCAAUAAGGAUUAAUGGUGAAAUAAUAGAUUCUCUCCCGGGGCAGCCCUCGGAUGUGGACUUCAAUCAGUACUCUGGGUAUAUUGUUACACAUAAAUUUCGUGGCAGAGCUCUAUUCUACUAUUUUGCAGAAGCCCAAUCAGAAGAUAAAUUCUCAAUGCCGCUUACACUUUGGCUGGGGGGAGGUCAUGAUUGUUCCAGUGCUGCUAUUGGGAUGUUCUACGAAAAUGGUCCAUUUAGGCCGACAGAAGAUGGAGAGCUGGUAAAGAACCAGUUUUCUUGGAAUUUAGCGUCGAACAUGUUAUACGUAGACACUCCUAUUGGAGUUGCAUUUUCAUACUCCAAUACAAGCUCAGAUUAUAAAAUAUGGAGUGAUACCAUGACAGCCCGUGAAAAUUUGAAGUUUCUUCGAAAGUGGUUUAUUGAAUUCUCUGAAUACAGAGACCUAGAUUUUUACAUUGCCGGAGAUAGUUAUGGAGGUCACUUGGCACCACAACUUGCUGAAUUAAUACUUGAAUACAACAGAAAACCAGUGCAUGUGAGACCAAUAAAGCUCAAAGGAAUUGCUCUUGGGAACCCACUUCUAGAAAAGAUGGGUUUAUCUAAUGUUGAGCAUCUGUGGCACUACGGGAUCAUUUCUACAGAACUGUACCAUCUGCAGAAGAGACAGUGUGAUUCAACAAGAAUGGUUCAGGAAAUAUUAAGCGGAGAAAUGUCGGAAGAUUGCUCUGACAUAAAUGUUAUGAUUUCGGAGGAAAUUGGGGAUGAUAUGCAUAAGGACAAUUUACUCUUUCAAUCAUGCCAAACCGACCAAUACUCAUCAUCUCAACGACAUUGUCUUGGUACUGAAACAGCCAAAGCUGAUCCAUGCCUUCUUACUUGGGUAGAUGACUACUUAAGCAGGCCAGAAGUUCAGGAAGCUUUACAUGCCAAUGCAUCUACUUGGGAUUCUAUUUUUCAUGGGAGGAAUAUGAUUUUGAACAACCUUGCUAUUGACAUAUUGCCAACAUUGUCAGCACUUCUAAAGAGGGGUAUCCCACUUCUGAUUUACAGUGGAGAUGAAGAUUUAAGGAUCCCUGUGUCACACACUAGAGAACUUGCAAACGUGCUUGCUACACGCUUGAACCUAACCACUAUGGAGAUGAAUGAACCUUGGUAUGAUGGCAAGCAGAUUGGAGGAUGGAGUCAAACAUUCGGAAAUUCGGGUGGAGGUGAAAAGGUGGCAAAUUUGACAUUUGCAACAGUAAGGGGUGGAUCUCAUUUUGUCCCAAAUUCAUCUCCCUCAAAAGCUCUCACACUUUUUAAGGCAUUUCUUAAAGGAUCUCCACCACCCAACACUCACCCGGACCACUAUUUAGUGGCAUUGCCCAAAUACUAACUCUUAUAUUUGUAUUCAAGUAUUUAUAUUCCUAGAUAUUGUCCCGUGCGAUGCACUGGGUAAAUACAGUUUUAAUAAAAAUAAAGCGUUGUUUCAAAAUAAAAUAAAAUAAAA